CCCCCUAUCGCUCACACUCACUUGGCGACGGUUCCAAAUGUCGUUGCGGAAAGGGGUUAAAAACCGUGUGUAUAGCACCGACGUGUACCAGUGAUGGUGUCAAGAUUAGAUGUCAAGCUAUCUAGUAUAGCAUCUAUGAUGUCAUAUGCAGGAAUAUUGGUCCAUCUUAAAGCCAUGGUCAAGGCUUUGCCCAUUUUUGCAAUGUGCAACAUCAGAGUUGCCUUUACCAUCCUAGAUAAUUUUGAAAAAUCUGGCAGGUGCUUCUUAUGGUGUUGGAAGAAUAUCAACAAACAUGGCAAAUGUCUGGCCAAAUGGGAGAAGGCAAGGAAGCUAAGAUUGGCGUCGAGGGGCACCGUGAACCCUACACUCCCUGUACGGAUCCUUCAUUUUGUAAUGACAUAUGCAACAGAGAUGGUUACGGAGGUGGGACCUGCCGAGAUGGUCACUGUGAAUGCAUCAGAAAAUUGUAGCAAGAAAGUGACCAAGAAUAAAGUUUGGAAAUAAAGAUUCACUUGGGAGAAUUA